AUGACUCUAACAGGUAAAUCAUAUUGCCCGGACGAGGAGUGCGAGACUUGCAUGUUCUCUCGCUCAUUCUCAGUCGCUUGCGAAGCUAAAAUUAAUCGCACUCGUAAAAAUACUACUCCAACAGGGGGCAUCGAGAGUUUUGCGGAAUUCCAAUGCCAAAGUGAGAGCGAUGAAGAUACUCAUGCUUUUGCGAUGGAUCCGUUGGUGAGCUUGAUAACUAUCGAUGCCGUCGAGCAAAAUCGCGCUUCCGAAGCGGAAGACUCGCCAUGGGAGGAGAGCGAGGACGACGUACUGGAGAUGCGCUGUCGUGAAGGCGAGGAUAUAUUCGUGUCGCUGAACCUACGCUCCACUGUCAAUCCAGUGGACUAUUUAUUCGAAAUAUACCGAGGCGAGCCGCCACUGCCCAGCAAGCGGUUCCGCGUGGAGGCGCGCGGCAACGUGGUUCAGCUAAGACUGCAGCACACGAGCAGAGAUGACGCGGGACAUUACGCCCUCGUAGCCAAACGGCUGCCACACGACAACGAAUCCGAGCGACUCUUUUCCAGGCGAAUCCACAUGAGCGUGGACGAGCCUUCGUUUUACGAAGAGGGCGAUCCGCCCCUCUUUCUGCGCCGACUUACCGAUCUCACUGUUAAGGUCGGCACGAGGACGCGAUUCCUCGUCGAAAUUCGAAGCUCCACCGAUCCUAAGGUGACUUGGCACAGAAACGAUGAGCCGAUCCAGGAGGGACCGAGAUUCGCCUUUGUGCAUGAGGGGAACUUUUAUUGCGUUGACGUCGCACCGGUGACCGUUGAGGAUCAAGGCCAUUGGACUUGUAUGGCUGAAAAUCGAUCGGGUCGAUCGUCCUGUACCUCGCACCUGAAUGUUCUUGUUCCGAAAGCAUACAAAAGGCCAGAGUUUAUGACGGAACUACGAGCGUUGCUAACCGAGACUGGCACAGUAUCAUUAGAAUGUAAAGUUGUUGGAGUACCGACUCCAGUAUUAAAAUGGUUCAAAGAUGAUAAGGAAAUUAGGGCUGGAGAUGUUUUUGCUUUAACGGCGGAUCCAGACGAUCCCACGUCUUUGGGAACGUACACAUGUGAAGCCGUUAAUUGCAUGGGUACAGCUUAUUCGACAUCUCGGGUACACGUUGUUGGAAAGGGAAGUAGAGAAGGAUCGCUAAAGCCAGCUGAUAGGUUGAUUGUAACUGGAGAUCCUCCUAUUUUCAAAGAGAUAUUAAAAGAUGAAUGUUGUAAAAUUUCAGAAAAACUUUUUCUAUGUUGUCAAGUUCAAGUACCACCUUGGCCAAAAGAAAUUACGUGGUAUAAUAAAGAAGGAAAAGUAGAAGAAGGGGAGCGUUACAAAAUUAUGGAAGAUGGACUUGGAGGAUAUUCUAUUCAAGUCAAUCCUACGGAAGCAGUAGAUGAAGGCGAGUGGAAAUGCGUUGCCACCAGUGCCGAAAAUGUUAAGCAGUUUACGACGUGUUUUGUUGCAAUGUCCAUUCCAAAAAAUUACAGACAGCCUCGCUUUAUGGAGAGCUUGAAAGCAGUAUUGACGGAAGAAGGUUUAGUGUCAUUCGAAUGCAAAGUGGUUGGUUUUCCAACACCUUUAUUAAGGUGGUUCAAAGAUGGACAGGAGCUGAAACCUGGUGAUGUCUAUCAACUUACUGGAACUAAUUCAUUAGGGUCUUAUUGUUGUAUUGCUAAAAAUUGCAUGGGCGAAGCCAAAAGUACGGCUGAACUAACUGUGGAAGAUAUACAAAAUCAAUUAAAUGAAGAAGAACGGUUACAACUUUUGACAACAAAUCAACCACCGAAAUUCAUUAAGGGCUUACGAAGCAGUGAAGCUAAAAUAAAUGAAAAUUUUAAAUUUACUGUUCAAGUCAGUGUCAUACCUGAACCAAGUUUAGCUUGGUAUCGAGAUGAUCAUCCUAUAGAUAGCGAAGACCGAUAUAGGAUAGAAAGAGAAACUCUUGGAAUUUGUCAUUUGGACAUCCAGACGCUCGAGUUUUGUGAUCAGGCCGAAUGGAGAUGUGUUGCCAGCAAUAAUUUUGGUCAAAGCGUGACUUCGUGUUUUCUUAAACUUAUCAUUCCAAAGCACUUCAAGAAACCUACAUUUUUGGAAAACUUGCGUGCUAUUCUAUCGGAUGGUGGCGCUGUAAAUCUAGAAUGUAAAGUUAUUGGUGUACCACAGCCAGUUUUGAAGUGGUAUAAAGAUGGUGAAGAACUUAAACCAGGUGAUAUUCACAGAAUUAUAUCUGGUCAAGAUGGCACUUGUUGUUUGGGUACAUAUACAUGCGAAGCAACUAAUUGCAUGGGAACUGUUAGUAGCUCUGCUUCUCUUCUUGGGUUUGAAGGUAGUUUGGAAAAAUAA